AUGGCGGAGCGGAGGAUCUCCUAUGCUCCCGACGUCGAGAACGGCGAUCGUCACCGCGAUGCCGGUGAUGUGAACGACGGCAGCCUCGAUGAGUACUCAGCUCUCAACCGCUACAUUUCGACUGCCCGCGAUGGCCGCCGUGGCUCUACCUCCAGCGCUGCUGCCCUGAGCACCAAGCAGAAGAAGAAGCCCUUCUGGAAGUUCUGGGCCAAGGAGGGUGAUGGUGUUGUUGAGGGCUGGCAGUGCCCUGACGAGUGGCUCGAGACCGACCUUCGCUCCGGUCUCAGCUCCUCCGAUAUCGAGCCCCGCCGCAAGAAGUGUGGCUGGAACGAGCUGGUUACUGAGAAGACCAACAUCUUCGUCCAGUUCAUUGGUUACUUCCGUGGUCCUAUUCUCUAUGUUAUGGAACUUGCUGUCCUGCUCGCCGCUGGUCUUCGUGACUGGAUCGAUUUGGGUGUCAUUAUCGGUAUCUUGAUGCUUAACGCUCUCGUCGGUUGGUACCAGGAGAAGCAGGCCGCCGAUGUCGUCGCUUCUCUCAAGGGUGACAUUGCUAUGCGCGCUAUCGUUGUUCGCAACGGUCAGGAGGAGGAAAUCCUGGCCCGUGAGCUCGUUACCGGUGAUAUCGUCGUUGUCGAGGAGGGUCACGUUAUCCCUGCCGAUGUUCGCCUGAUCUGUGACUACUCCAAGCCCGAGAUGUUCGAGGCCUACAAGGAGUACCUCAUCAGCUCCCAGGAUGACACUCUCAAGGAGAAGGCCGAGGAUGACGAUGAGGACUCUCGCGAGGUUCACCAGGGUGUCUCUUUGAUUGCUUGCGAUCAGUCCGCCAUCACUGGUGAGUCUCUCGCCGUCGACAAGUACAUGGCCGACACUUGCUACUACACCACCGGUUGCAAGCGCGGCAAGGCCUACGGUAUCGUCACCGCCACUGCCCGCCAGUCCUUCGUCGGUAAGACCGCCGCUCUCGUUCAGGGUGCCAAGGACUCUGGUCACUUCAAGGCUGUCAUGGACAACAUCGGUACUUCUCUUCUCGUCCUCGUUAUGUUCUGGAUUCUCGCCGCCUGGAUCGGUGGUUUCUUCCGUCACCUCGGUAUCGCCACCCCCGAGAACUCUGAGAACACUCUCCUCCGCUACACUCUGAUUCUCCUGAUCAUCGGUGUCCCCGUCGGUCUCCCCGUCGUCACCACCACCACCCUCGCCGUCGGUGCCGCCUACCUUGCCGAGCAGAAGGCUAUUGUCCAGAAGCUCACCGCUAUCGAGUCCCUCGCCGGUGUCGACAUUCUGUGCUCUGACAAGACCGGUACUCUCACUGCCAACCAGCUUUCCAUCCGUGAGCCCUACGUCGCUGAGGGUGUUGAUGUCAACUGGAUGAUGGCCGUCGCCGCCAUUGCCUCUUCCCACAACGUCAAGAACCUCGACCCCAUCGACAAGGUUACCAUCCUGACCCUCCGCCGCUACCCCAAGGCCCGUGAGAUUCUCGCCCGCAACUGGGUUACCGAGAAGUACUCUCCCUUCGACCCCGUCUCCAAGCGCAUCACCACUGUCUGUACCUGCGACGGUGUCCGCUACAUCUGCGCCAAGGGUGCUCCCAAGGCUAUCCUGAACAUGUCUGAGUGCUCCGAGGAGGAGGCCAAGCUCUACCGUGACAAGGCUACCGAGUUCGCUCGCCGUGGUUUCCGUUCCCUUGGUGUCGCCGUCCAGAAGGAGGGUGAGCCCUGGCAGCUUCUGGGCAUGUACCCCAUGUUCGACCCCCCUCGUGAGGAUACUGCCCACACCAUCGCUGAGGCCCAGGUUCUUGGUCUGUCCGUCAAGAUGUUGACUGGUGACGCUAUCGCUAUUGCCAAGGAGACUUGCAAGAUGCUUGCUCUCGGUACCAAGGUUUACGACUCUGAGCGUCUGAUCCACGGUGGUCUUGCUGGCUCUGCUCAGCACGAUCUCGUUGAGAAGGCUGACGGUUUCGCUGAGGUCUUCCCCGAGCACAAGUACCAGGUCGUCGAGAUGCUCCAGCAGCGUGGUCACUUGACUGCCAUGACUGGUGACGGUGUUAACGAUGCUCCCUCUCUCAAGAAGGCUGACUGUGGUAUCGCUGUCGAGGGUUCCACCGAGGCUGCCCAGGCUGCCGCCGAUAUUGUCUUCCUGGCCCCGCGUAUGAAGGCCUACAUCCAGUACCGUAUCGCCCUUUGCCUGCACCUUGAGAUCUACCUCGUCACCUCCAUGAUCAUCAUCAACGAGACUGUCCGUGCCGACCUCAUCGUCUUCAUCGCCCUGUUCGCCGAUCUUGCCACCAUUGCCGUUGCCUAUGAUAACGCUCACUUCGAGGCCCGUCCCGUCGAGUGGCAGUUGCCCAAGAUCUGGGUCAUCUCCGUCAUCCUCGGUGUCCUUCUCGCUGCCGCUACCUGGAUCGUUCGUGGUUCUCUCUUCUUGUCCAACGGUGGUCUCAUCCAGAACUGGGGUUCUCCUCAGGAGAUUCUCUUCCUCGAGAUUGCUCUGACUGAGAACUGGCUCAUCUUCGUCACCCGUGGUGGUAAGACCUGGCCCUCGUGGCAGCUGGUCAUUGCCAUCUUCAUUGUCGAUGUCCUUGCCACCCUCUUCUGUCUCUUCGGUUGGUUGUCCGGUGGUGAGUUCGAGCAGACCUCCCCCAAGGACCCUGCCUACUUCACCGAGAACGGCCACGUCGACAUCGUCACCGUCGUUGUCAUCUGGGCCUACUCCAUUGGUGUCACUGUCAUCAUUGCUGUCGCCUACUACCUCCUGACCAUCAUCCCCGCCCUUGACAACCUUGGCCGCAAGACCCGCUCCAAGGCUGACACCAAGAUCGAGAACAUGAUUGCUCACCUGUCCAAGCUGGCCAUUGAGCACGAGGUUGACCGUGAGGGCAAGUCCCGCUACACCCUCGGCGCUCGCGCCGAUGAUGUUGAGGAGGAUGAGUAA